GAAAAGAUUUUGAUCACAUGGCCACGAAGUCAUUCUGCAAGUAUGCUGACGGGGUUCUGCCCACAGAAAUAUAAAAGCACUUCACUGUGAGCGAUCGUGUCCAUGCAACGAGCAUCAUUUUCAGAGCUUUGAGUCGAUCAGCAGCGACGGGCCGGUGCAUACAAAACAGAAGAGGAGUGGGUGACGAAAGCAGAAAAAAAUGACUUCUCCAAGCCCAGAUAUGUCCUCAGCUGUGGGGAACACUACACUGUCUUUUUCUGACAGUUCCACUAUCGCAAACAACAUCCCAACUUCAAUGGAUUCCAAUGGAAGUCAAGCCGUGUUAGACAAAAUUGCAGCAGAUGACAUAACCUCCAGAGCAAACUAUGUGUACAGUUUCUUGGCUGCGUGGAGCCUCGUCGCAGCCUGCUUUCUGCUCUACAGCUUCAUCCAGACCUACAAAGCCCAAAGGCGGCUGGCCUGGCUCGACUGCCUGCUCUGUGCCUUUUGUGGCUUCCAGCUGCUGCUCCUGUUCCUCUCCCUCCACUCUGUGGCCUACAGACCUAAAUACCUGCACACUACAGGUUUGGGCUGUGCCACUCUCUCCUUCACAAUAAACACAGUCUCUCUGUGCGGCCUGUUGAUCUUAGUGCUGAUGGCUUAUGUCCUAACUAUGGAUCCACCAUCCCACGGCCUGUUGAGGAAGCCCGGGGUCUGUGUGGCUCUGGUGAUCCUGACCUCUGUCCUGAUUUCUCUGCUGCUGGCUGGGAUUCGUGGACCCAGGGAUGGUCUGCAGAACAGUAGUAGUUGUUAUAUGGAUCCAGUCAGCGUUUCGUAUGCAGCUGCUAGAUUGUGCCUGGCCUUAUUGAUUCCCUACAUCCUCCAGCUGGGACUUCUGAUAUGUGGCUGCAUCCGACAGUUUAGAUCUAAUGGACGUUUCCUUUCCGGCUCUGAGGAUGGUCCUGUGUUCCUGACAGUCACUGUGGUCAUGUUUCUCUGCCACCUGUUCUACAGUGUGGUGCUAAUGAGAGGAGCUCAAUCAGCGAAGGACGGGCUGAACGUUUACGAGCGAGCGUUUCUGAGCGUGGCCGAGUUUGUACUGUUCUCAGGGAGCAGCGUCAGCCUGCUGCUCGUGCUGUUCAUACACAAGCCAAGUCGAGAGAAUCUCCAAGGAGCUUAUAGGCAGCUGAGGGACUGCUGUCGAAACCCAGGGCACACCCAGCCCAACCGAAACAUCAUAGCUCCCCACAUCGAGAUCACAGACACCCUGCAGGACAUAGAGUCAUAGAGGACAAAUACAAAAAACUCUCUGGUCUGUGAGAACAGGACUUCAAUGUAUUAGAUAUAUUUUAAUAUAACUUUUUAUAAGCUUUAGCCGUUUAUUUUUCUGUGCUUUUACAUGCUUGCAUUCUUGGUUAUAGUAUCUCCAGUGACUGAAAGAUUGCAGAACUAUUUUUCAAAUUUCAUUUUUUGUACAUUUGUUUUACAAAAAAAAUAAAUAUUUUGCUGUACAUCCUCAGAAUUGUGCAAUAUGUUGGUUAUCUCCCUAUUGUUACUAGAAUAAAACAAUGUUCAUACAAUUAUGAAUGAACAAUGAUGAAUAAGACAAUUUAAAAAGUACUUACAGUUGAUAACUUGUGCAAUUUAAUGUCUUGAAAGCGCUGAGAUAAACCUCUUUUCUUGGGAAACACACGUUGUUUGCAUUAACAUGAGCCCAUUUAGACAAAAUGCCUGGAAAAUCCUCUGUAACUCCCAGAAUGCCACAUCGGAAACAUUUAGUCAUGGAAAGUAAAAGGCGGAUUUGAUGUUUAGUCCAACAGUGUCGAUUUUCUACAUGUUGAUAUUUUUAAAAGCUGCUAAUGAACCAAAACAAGCCACAGACAAGUAAUACUUCUUUCAAGAAACUGAUGGGCGCCAGUUCUAGGAAUAACAGACCUACAUGGAUCACAUAUUGCAUCGGUGCCAACACGGAGGGGCACAAAACCAGGGACCAGCAGGAAAAUGAAUGCGGGAGCCAGGUUGUAUAAAGUAUGUCAUGGGAAAUGUCAAGACGUUAUUCACACAUUGUGCAAUCGUAAAAAUAAAUGUCAGAAAAUGAUUAAAUCCAACACGUGACACAUUACAGCAUGUCUUGGCAUGUCACUGAGAGUCUCAUAAAGAGGUAAAGAGGCCUAUAAACCAGAAGAAAAAGCUAAAGUGCAGCUAAAUAAACUUUUUGUGUCUGAAACAAGAAAAACCUCUUUUGUGAGACUAUUCCCGCCCUGUCCAUCUUGUUUUGUGUAAAUAUGUCGUUCAGUCUGUCUUCACUAAGAAGUCCCCGACUCCCAUAUUUAUAUAUUUG